AUGCACGUCUUCUAUGCUGGCGAGGUCCCGGCAGCUUUUCGGAGUGAGAUCGAGCACAUGCCUGAAUUCCUUGCCAAGCAUCUGGGCAGGCUUGGCAACGGAACUCGCACCACGAAUUACGAGCGCCUCCUCUACGAGAAGAGGAUCGCUGCACGAUGGUCAGGCAAAGCUACGUUCUCCGAGAUGCUGAUCGUGUUUUACGUUGAUCAGGAGGCUGCAAGUCCACGUGCAUCAAGUCAACCCAGGAUGUCGCCCAAUGCCAUGCCGCAUGGCCAUGCCUAUGUCCCUAUGUGUACGCAGAGCUUCCUGGCGGGACCUGCGCAGUCUAUGGGCCUGGCGAGUUCCUGA